AUGGGCCUUUUAAAAACAGCACUGCUCCUAGCAGGAGCUUCGCUGGGGGCUUUUGCCUCCCAGAUUCCCCUCAAGGACACAGAAUCUCCGCAAGCCUCAACCUUUCAAAUUCACCAAAGCUCAUUAUUCCCAGAGCAUACAAUCCGCAUUAGAGAGCAGGUUGACGACUCCAUAUGUGACGCCCGUGUGAAGCAGUACACAGGCUGGCUCGAUAUCGGCAAUCAGCACCUUUUCUUCUGGUACUUUGAGAGCAAGAAUGCACCAAAGACUGAUCCUCUCGUACUUUGGUUGACGGGAGGUCCUGGCGGUUCAUCAAUGCUGGGUUUGCUUCAAGAGCUUGGACCUUGUUUGAUCAAUGAGCACGGUAAUGGAACGGUCCAUAACCCUUAUGGAUGGAAUGAGAAUGCGAACUACAUCUUUGUAGACCAGCCCGCUGGUGUUGGUUUCUCUUACUUGGAUGAUGGAGAGCCAAUUCCGUCAAACUCGUUCGUCGCGGCCGAGAGUUUGCAUAAGUUCCUGCAGCUUUUUGUGAGCCAAGUCUUUCCAGAUCUUGCUGACAGACCCUUCCAUAUCUCCGGGGAGAGUUACGGAGGCCACUACAUCCCCGUCCUGGGAGCGACAAUUGUUGCACAGAACAGUCUCUACCCCAAACGUCCCCAAGUUAAUCUUGAGUCAGUCUUGAUCGGCAACGGCUAUGUCUCACCCUUGGACACCCAUUUCGGAUACUGGGAAACGCUUUGCACCACAAAUCCCGGUGUUGAGAAGCCCAUCUUCAACAGCACACGCUGUGAUAUUAUGGCUGCGAAUCUUCCACGAUGCCUCGAUCUUGCUCGCGUAUGCUACGAGCAUCCCGACCAUGCUAUCUGCGGCGCUGCUGGGAAGGUCUGCUGGGAUGGAGUCAUCAGUUGGUACGACGAUGAAUCUGGAGCUGGCGGCAAUAGGAAUAGAUUCGACAUCACCGCGCCCUGUGAAUCUCAUGAUGAUAUGUGCUAUAAGGAAGCAGCACUGAUAGAGAAGUAUCUCAACUCCCCGAAAGUAUUCGAUGCCUUGGGUGUACCCAGUGCAGUGACGAACUACUCCAUUGCCUCAGAGGACGUCGCAGUGGCAUUCACUUUUGGUGUUGAUCAAGAAAUCAGCACUCAGUCGCAGAUUCUGUACUUACUCAGCCAUGAUAUCGAUGUGUUGAUGUACCAAGGAAACCUGGAUCUUGCAUGCAAUACGGCCGGCAACUUGAGAUGGAGCAACAGUAUGCCCUGGAAGGGACAGCCGGAGUAUGUUGCGCAAAGACCAAAGUCGUGGGGAGCUGGGGGCGAAGAGAUUGGAUGGUAUAAGGAGGUCAAGAUCAAGAUGGGCGAUACCGAUAAAAAGACGACAUUCUCAUUCGCUACCGUCGAUGGAGCUGGCCAUAUGGUUCCCCAGGGCAAGCCGAAGGAGGCUCUGGAAUUAGUGAACAGGUGGUUGAAGAAGCGAACAUUCAGCAAAUAA